GUUUAUUGUUAUGUGGGACUGCAGCAGGAACAAGCCGAAAUGGUCUCGUCUUGAUCAACAGUUAUACAUCUAUUCAUGUCGAUAACCUUUCCCGAUUUGACGGCUUGCAAAAGGUUUUACAGCAAUAUUAUGCUUUCAUGAUGCUACCUAUGCGAAGGAAAAUUGUCACUCCGCUUUGGCGUUCGGCAUUGAGCAGAAGAGGCAUUGCGACAGCGACUACACCAAGACUACCUCUAACGGGAAUCAGAGUGCUGGACAUAUCUCGAGUUCUGGCUGGCCCAUAUUGCGCGCAGAUUCUCGGCGAUCUCGGAGCGGAAGUCAUUAAAAUCGAGCACCCGACACGAGGAGAUGAUACAAGAGCUUGGGGGCCCCCCUUUGCUCCUUACAAUGAUGGACGAGGCGGUGAGGGCGAGAGUGCUUAUUAUUUAUCUGUGAACCGAAACAAGAGAUCUGUGGCCGUCUCGUUCAAGGAAAAGGAAGGGGCAAAAUUGAUCCAAACUCUUGCCGCCAAGGCCGAUAUAAUCGUCGAAAAUUAUCUUCCCGGCACCCUGAAGAAAUACGGGCUCGACUACAAUACCCUUGCCAAAACCAACUCCCGGCUGAUCUACGCAAGCAUAACUGGAUACGGUCAAACAGGCCCAUACAGUAGUCGCGCAGGAUUCGAUGUCAUGGUCGAAGCUGAGAUGGGUCUGAUGCACAUCACAGGUCCUCGAGAUGGACCACCAGUCAAAGUAGGCGUUGCGGUGACGGACCUGACAACUGGGCUAUACGCGGUCAAUAGUAUCUUAGCUGCGGUGAUUGAAAGGAGCCAUUCUGGUCAGGGACAGGCUUUGGAUGUGUGCUUGAGUGAUUGCCAAGUAGCUACUUUGGCGAACAUGGCGCAAUCGGUGUUGGUGACGGGAAAGAGAGACGGAGGGCGAUAUGGAACAUCACAUCCAUCCGUCGUACCAUAUCGUGCAUUCCGCACCAGAGACGGCGACAUCUUGAUCGGCGGUGCCAACGACCGACUCUUCGGUGUCUUGUGCAAGUGUCUCGGCAAAGAAGAUUGGGCGAGUGAUGAGCGCUUCUCAACGAACUCAGCACGAGUGGCGAAUCGAGAUGUACUCGAAAGGAUGAUCGAAGACAUUACAAGUUCCAAGAUAUCGAAAGAUUGGCUCGAUAUCUUUGAGGGCACCGGUCUCGCGUAUGCCAAGAUCAACGAUAUCAAGGACACGCUGGAACACUCACAUGUUGUGGCGAGGGAUAUGAUAAAAGAGAUCCAACAUCCCGCGUGUGGGCAAUUGAAAGUUCUUAACAGCCCUGUCAAGUACUCCAGGACCCAGCCGUCGAUUCGGACACCGCCUCCGCUACUGGGAGAGCACACCGAUGAAGUACUGAGAGAUGUGCUGGGGCUAGAUUCAACCGAGAUUAAGAGGUUAAGAAAGAAUAAGGCUGUCGGUGGAUAGUUAGAGCUUGUGCAUACUGAUAUAGU